AGGUAAUAAAUGUAUAAUGACCAAUCGAAUUUUAAAGUAUAUAAUAAACAUGAUAAUUUUUCAAACAAGUAAGAAAACUCAUGAACCCUUCAUUCCACAAAAAACAUAUAGCCACUACUUUGGGAAGUCACAAAUAUAUACACCGCUAAAACUAGAACACAAAGGAUUACCAUCCAAAAAUGGGAGGUGAAAACAGAGAGACACAAUCAAGAAAUUGGCAAACUUUUGGGAAUUUCACUCCCAAACCAUAUCCCCAUCAUAGCAAUCCAUCACCUCAUCUUGGUUGCUGAGAAAUCAGCAACUUAGUGAGAGAUUGGAAAAACUGGCAAAAAGUUAUGAUGUUAUAUUGAAUGUUAGGUAGCUGAAUAGCAGUACAGGAUAGAUAAGUAGAUUCCCCAGGCUGCUAUAAUCAUUGUCAGACCUUUCAAGAAACACCUGGAGAAAUACAACCAAGAAUCAUAAGCUUAGAACAGACAUUUAGGGAAACAAAAAAAACAAAAACAAACAAACAAAAAAAGAGAUAGGGAGCAGGAAGAAGAAGAUCAAAGGGUUAAAAAGAUGGGAAUUCUAAGGAGAGAAGCGCUUGAAGAAACCGUGCUGAUCGGGGGAUUGAUAGGGGUGCAGUUUCUGUAUGCAGGGAACUCGGUGGUUCUGAGUUAUCUCAUGUUCUUAGGCUUCCAGCCUUCAUCUCUCAUCAUCCUCUCCACUUUUGCCACUUUUGUGGUUCUUGCUCCUCUCUCCUUCAUUUUAGAAAGGCACCAAUGGCCUAAAAGACUGUGUAUGAAACUAUGGAUUCAACUUCUGUUAAUCUCUUUUGGAGGGGUAACACUGUUCCAGUCAUUGCUUAUGAAGGGAAUCCGUCUCACAUCGCCUGCAAUUGCCACAGCCAUGCCAAAUCUCGCGCCCGGGCUCAUCUUUUUCAUCGCCUGGGCUUUCAGGCUGGAGAAGGUGGAGCUGAGUUGCAAGUACAGCAAGGCCAAAAUUGUGGGAACAUUGUUUUGUGUCAUUGGGGCUAUACUAAUGAGCGUCUUGCAAGAUAGCUCCCACAAUCACUCGUCGAAACAGAUUCAUGUGCCAUUGCAGCCAUUGCAAACAUUGCAAGCUCCACCAUCUUAUCACGACAAUGGCACAUUCGACUUCGAUAAGAUCAUAGGUUCCUUUUAUCUAGUCAUAGCCGUCUUCACCUUAUCAAGCGUUAUCGUCUUGCAGGCUGCUACAUUGGGUGAUUUCCCAUCACCAAUCUCCAUAUCUGCAAUAACAUCAUUGAUGGGUACAGUUUUAACCGUAAUAGUUGAGCUGAUCCAAAACCACAGAUUAGAGAUUGGUUUUUCCAAAAUAAGCGUCCACGCCCUCGUUGCCUAUUCUCUUCUGGCGGGGUGCAUAAGUGGAGCCUCGACAAGCUUCAAUGCAUGGGCAAUGAAGAAAAGGGGGCCGGUUAUGGUGGCUGUUUUCGGCCCGGUUGGAACUGUCAUUUCCAUCAUGCUCUCCGUCAUCAUCUUAGGAGACUCGGUCACUACAGGAAGCCUUGCGGGCAUGUUUACAAUGUUCACCGGGCUCUAUUUCGUGCUGUGGGCUAAGGGGAAUGAGGAGUUUGAUUAUCAGAGUGAGUAUGAUUUGGAGAAACCUCUCUUGUCUUGAUUAUGAUUAACAUAUCUAAUAGGUUAAUUAGUGUUCCUUUCAAAAAAAAAAAGUUAAUUAGUGUUAAGGUAAGAUAGAAUGUUGUAUAUAUGAAUGGGAAACUCAUGAUUAGCAGAUGUGUAAUACUAUAAUGUAAUGUGUAUAUCUCCAAACAGUGAAAUCCUUCGGACAGAUAAUGCAAUAAAGAUUAGUUAAUUAGUUAA